CUAGAGACUCACUGAGCAGUCGUCCGGCGUGAAAAGAAAUAUGCUUUGAAAAAAACUGUGACCUGACCAAGGAAACGAACUGCAGUGUUAUAACAUUCAAGAGCAGCUUUAUUACCUGUGCACUUUCCAGACCAGAUACUGUCCAACAUGUUGUCCAGAUUGAGGACAACCAUGUCCCUGCGGCCUUGUGUGUCUGCUUGCAGAUGGGCUCACACCAAAGAGAAAGGCAAGCCACUCAUGCUCAACCCCCGCACCAAUAAAGGUAUGGCCUUUACUUUACAGGAGCGACAGAUAUUGGGGAUACAUGGUCUGUUGCCUCCCAAAGUGGAAACACAAGACGUUCAGGCCAUGCGCUUCCAGAAUAAUCUCAAGAAAAUGAGUGACCCCCUUCAAAAGUACAUCUACCUGAUGGGCAUUCAGGAAAGAAAUGAGAGGCUUUUCUAUAGAGUGUUGAUGGAAGAUAUAGAGGAACUGAUGCCGAUAGUCUACACUCCCACUGUAGGCCUGGCCUGUACACACUAUGGACACAUUUUUAGAAGACCCAAAGGCUUGUUCAUCUCCAUUCGAGACAGAGGACACGUCCGCUCUAUACUGGAUAACUGGCCAGAGACCAACGUUGCUGCUGUAGUAGUAACUGAUGGAGAGCGCAUUUUAGGAUUAGGGGACCUUGGUGUUUACGGCAUGGGCAUCCCUGUUGGAAAGCUUUGCCUGUACACUGCCUGUGCUGGCAUUAGACCUGAGAGAUGUCUGCCUGUGGUGAUAGAUGUUGGCACAGACAAUGAGACUCUCCUCAAGGAUCCACUGUACAUGGGCCUGUAUCAGAAGCGAGACCGCUCUCAAGCCUAUGAUGAUCUGAUUGAUGAGUUCAUGGAGGCUGUGGUGGAAAAAUAUGGACAGGACACGCUGAUCCAAUUUGAGGACUUUGGGAACCAUAAUGCCUUCCGCUUCCUCAGGAAGUACAGGGAGAAGUACUGCACCUUCAAUGAUGAUAUCCAAGGUACUGCAUCUGUAGCCCUAGCAGGUCUGUUAGCAGCUCAGAGAGCUGUUGGCAAACCCAUCACUGAACACCGGGUGCUUUUCCUGGGAGCUGGAGAGGCUGCUCUUGGUAUUGCCAACCUUAUUGUCAUGGCUAUGAUGGAGUCAGGAAUGAGCCAAGCUGAUGCUCAAGAUAGGAUCUGGAUGUUCGACAAAUAUGGGUUGCUAGUAAAGGGAAGAUCGCAGGGAACGGACACUAACCAGGAGGCAUUUGUUCACGACAGUCCAGGCAAUAUACAGAGCUUCCUAGAUGCUGUCAAUACCAUCAAACCCACAGCUAUCAUUGGUGUGUCAGGAGCUGGAAGACUGUUCACCCAUGAUGUCAUCAAGACCAUGGGAGCCCUGAACGAACGACCAAUCAUCUUUGCCCUGAGUAACCCAACCACUAAAGCAGAGUGCACAGCAGAGGAUGCCUACACACUCACUGAUGGUAGAUGUCUGUUUGCCAGUGGCAGUCCAUUUGGUCCGGUGACUCUGAGUGACGGCCGUGUCUACACUCCUGGACAAGGGAACAAUGCUUACAUCUUUCCAGGUGUGGCCCUGGCUGUGAUCCUGAGUGGAGUGCGACACAUCAGCGACACUGUAUUCUUAGAGGCUGCCAAGACCCUGGCAGAGCAGGUGACAGAUAAAGAGCUUGAUGAAGGCAGACUCUACCCUCCUCUAUCACACAUCAGAGAGGUCUCGCUCCAGAUGGCUGUCAAGGUGGUUGAGUAUGUCUAUGCUAAAGGCAUGGCAUUCCGCUACCCUGAGCCUUUGGACAAGGACAGCUUUGUACGAGCAACUGUGUGGAACACCAACUAUGACUCCUUCGAGCCAGACACCUAUGACUGGCCAGGUGUCAGCUACAGCCCCAAGACUGAGUAGAAGUACAACAAACCCUCACUAUGUCCCAAGUCAUGAUGUCACUCUCUUCCUUUGUUUUCCACUUAACUCUUAGUCAUAAUCUUUAAAAUGACCAUAGUUAUCUCAGUGCAAACACCAGCUUAUGAAAAUAGGCUAUAAUAGCUCCAUACUGCUGCCAUGUUACUGCAUUUGCACUCAUUCAGUCUUUAUAAAGUCUGUGUGAAAAGAUAGAGUGGAAAGUAGCACAUGAAUGGGAAUUGUUAUUUUCUCCUCACAUCUCAGCUCUAUCACCUCUGCGUCACAUGUAAACCUGCACAGCACCUGGGGGCCACCUGGUGGUUGACAACAACAGUGUAGAAAUCAGGAUUAACUUUUUAGAUACAUAAUAGUUCUCUGUCCUCUCAUAAACUUACCUAAGUGAGAUAUAUGCUAUACUAUAUAUACUAGAAACUCUGUGAUUGCCAUACAGUAUACUCUGGCAAGCAGAAACUCAAACUUGCGUAAGAAUUUAAUAUCCAAUAAUAUAUCUUGCAUUGUUUACAAUACAUGUUUAAAACAUCUGUGACACUGCUGCUGCUUAAAAUGGUUAUGAAUGGUUAUAAAAGUUACAUUUGUUAGAAGAGUUAGUGUUUCACUCCAUGUUUAAUAUUAAGAUGACUCUGAUAAUAUUUUUACUUUCCUGUGCACUCCUGAUAGAGAACUUCUGCUAGAAAAUGAAAGAAUGAACUUCUUUAAUUCAAUAACCAUUUCACUUACUGUCAACCUUUAUUAUAUUUUCAAAUGGAUUUCUACACUUUUCUUUUCUGGCAUCAGGUGGGUUUCUGGUGGCUCCACUGAUCAGGUUUUUUUUUUUAACCCAUCCUUAUAUAUUGGUGACAGUGGUUAUCAGAGGUAGCAGUGGUGCAGAGGGUUAAAGAGCUAGGAACUAGGAAAGAAAGAGAGGGAACAGUGUAACUCAGGGGUUAAAUGAAGUUAAAGAAAAUUAAAUGCUGUUUAAACAAAGACCUCUUAAUGGAAAAUGAUGAGAUUUUAUCAAGGGAAAUCUAUUGAAAAUUAUAUCUAAAAAUGUUGAAAGAAUCUUGCAGCUACACAGUACUUGAGGAACCAGCAUCCAGUCCAACAUUUUGUUUAUUCGAAGGCUUUUGUCACACUUUAUUUAUUUUAUUUUAUUUUUGGAGGAUGUAUUUAGAUGUUUUGCCAUUGUGCUAUGUAUUCAUCAACACUCCUUUUUAAUGAGUUGUGGUAGAAGUAUCCAUCCCUAAAACGUAACACUUUUGCUUAAGUGUGAAUACAAAUUGAAUAGAAACCAUACCCUAAAUAUUUAAGGAAACAAAGUGUUGUAUUAAAUGAUUGGAGAAACAUUAUUUUCUAUUAGAAUUAUAUUUUGUUAACUGUUUAUGCACCUUUUGUGGAAACUGUCUGCUAAAAGAGUACUUAUAAAGUUGUACUAAGUAUGUCUAUGUGUGUAGGUUCGUGUGUUAGUCUUGUUCCAACAUAUUCAACCAGAUAACAAGGUAACAGACUCAGCUUCUAUUCUCUGUUCUGGUCUUCCAUAAUUAUUCAUGUUAUUCAUAAUAACUUACAAUACAGAUUCUUUUUUUUCCUAACUUUAGAUCUAGGUAUUAAAAGGAGAUAAAAGGAGACAUUCUACUAGAUUGCUAAAUAGUUUACUCCUAAUUAAUACUGUGGGCAACUCAGAAUUUGAGGAUAUUGUAUGUCAGAUUGUGGUACUGGUCAAAAACAUUUUGACCUUUUUAAUACGGUUUUCAUCCUCAUACGCCUUAAUACACGACUCAAUGACCCAUACUGGCAUUAUUAAUGUACUUAAUGCUAAGUGCAAUGGUGGCUACAAGCUACGCAGAUAGAUUGGGCUAGCAACACAUUAAUAAUGGUAACAAGUCAGUCGUAACUAUCAAGUAUCAAUACUGAUAUUUCUUUUUUGUAGUAUCAUUACAGCACAUAGUACCUUUUACAAGGUCAUAAUAUUCUGAAAGUAGAGCAACUUAACUAUUUUCCAGUUAUAUUUUUCAAAUAGUUCACAUCCAUAUCUGUUUGAUAUACUACUGUUUUUGUGACAAUUAUCAUACAUGAUAUAGCGGUGGUAGGCAGACCAUGCCAUAAAUGUCCAUAAAAUCUUUAUUUUUUGCUUCAUGUUCUAACAGACUCCUGCAAUUUAGUGUAAAAUGUGAGAAUUGAGUAACUGACCUCAAACUGAACACAGACGCACACCCUCACAUAAAUGUGUUUCAUGCUUCCAAAGUUAGCCAGUUCAUUUAAAACUACAUAUGUAUCUAUGAGAGAGAAAAUAAUUGGGCCACUGUCUAAGUUGACCUCAGGAUAGUGUACUAGGAGCUUGCAACCAUCUGCAUUGAAGUGCCUGCACAAGAUGUGAUGUCUGAUCAUAAUCACUCCAUGCUCCUUGAUUUAGACCUCACAGCAUGCUGCAGGCAGAGCAGAUGGAAAACAGAACGCACUGCUAUUAUAAACACUGCUGUCAGUUUGUAUUGUACAAAAUGAAAUAAUUGUGUAGUAUCCAACAUGCAGCUUUUGAUCUGAUAAACUGUGCAGCUUCAACUUUGCCUGAAACAUCUGUAUAGUGUUGAAGGCAAAGUUUUCUACUCAUAACUUUUAAAAUAGUUUUAUUUAAAAGAAACUAUUUAGAAAGUUUUUUAAAUACUCCAUUAUGUGUUCAUCCAGUUGUUGUAACUGAUUGUAAUCAUCCAGUAUGCGUUUUUUAUUGUCUUGUAUAAGAAAUUGUUGCUUGGUUUGGUCAUGUGAUAGUUCCUGUGCCCAAAUUUCCUCCAUAUUUCUCCACAAGUGUAUAUUCUGUCUGUGCUAGGUACUUUGUGUCUGUUUCCGAAAUUUAUUUUUGUCAGACAGUAAAAUUGCCUUACGUUUGUAUGCAGAGAGCAGCAUGUUCGUGCAGCUGAAUAAUACUUACGUGCUGAUAAAAGUGCAGAAUAAAUACUUUUAC